CACCCACCAACCAAGCGAUGUCAACGGCCCCAUAGCGAGCAGAGAAACACCUACUUGAAUGUAUUUCUUUGCAGGCGACAUAUUGUCGUUCCCGCUGCUAUCAUACUGGACAUCGACUCGGAAUUCAACUCGAGCGCGGCAUGGCAUCGUUUCGCAGCAUUUCCCAUGGGGAUCAUCCUUCAGAGAAGAUCUGCGAGCCACGCCGGAGCAAUGCGGCUUGACGGAGUCUGCGAAUGAUCUGGCAGUCAUCGGACAAUCAGUCGAAUUAUUCAAUUGGUCACACCUAUGCAAGCAUCAAAUUUGCCACCAUCCGCACGACAGAGAGCCAGCGGCUCAGCCACACAGGACGUUCGCAUGCGGCCGCCGUGAUGCUCCUGCCAGCGCAUCAUCGUCCACGAAUACUGGUAUCUCUGUUCAGCCUUACGGAUCGAUGCACCGGAACCAUGAGGAUCCGGCAUGCAAGGGAUCAUGCACUGAACUCUGGUAUGGGUUGCGGAGAGUACCGUCUGCCAAGGAUUCAUCAAGGUCUGGGCUGGAUACUCUCGCUCACGCCGCCUGUACUAGGUUCCUGACGGGCGCGACCAUCCCGGGCCAACAGACGAUACGGACAUGCGCCAGCUGAUACGAGCAGAAUGACCGUAAAAUUGCAUCAGCUCGAAGGUAUCAGAAGUACGUA